AUGGCAAGAAGAAACGUCCUCAUUACAGGUUGUUCCUCCGGAAUUGGGCUGGCCUUAGCUGUGAAAAUGGCAAAAGAUGAGCAGAAAAGAUUUAAAGUGUAUGCCACAAUGCGGAACCUGGCCAAGAAAGAGCCGCUCGAGGAAGCUGCAGGUCGUAGGCUGGGCAAAACCCUUGAAAUUAAGCAACUGGAUGUCUGUGAUGAACAGUCUAUUAAAACUUGUGUGAAUAGUAUCCCUGACAGAAGGAUUGAUGUCCUAGUUAGCAAUGCUGGCAUGGGGCUCAUUGGACCUAUUGAAUGUCAGACCAUAGAAGAGAUGAAAACUGUGAUGGAUACCAACUUCUUCGGACUGGUUCGACUCCUGAAGGAGAUUUUGCCUGACAUGAAGAGGAGAAAGAGCGGGCAUAUAGUUAUAAUAAGCAGCGUUAUGGGAAUACAAGGUAUCUUGUUCAACGAUGUUUAUGCAGCGUCUAAGUUUGCUGUGGAAGGAUUUUGUGAAAGUUUGGCUAUACAAGCGCUCAAGUUCAAACUGCAGUUAAGUUUGAUUGAACCAGGCCCAGUGGUUACAGAGUUUGAAAGAAAAGUGUUUGAAGAUGGAAUGAAAAUGGAUCUUUCGGCUGCAGAUGAAGAAACAGCUGAGAUGUUUACUAAUAUUUACCUUAAAAAUUACAAACAAAUUUUCCAGAGCCUGGGACAAAGUGCUGAAGAUGUUGCAGAGCAUACAGUAAAGAUAAUUCUUGCAGAAAAUCCACCUUUUCGCCAUCAGACCAACACGUUGUACACUCCAAUGACAACUCUGAAAUACGCGGAUCCAAAUGGAGAUCUACCCAUUGAUAUAUUCUACAAAAUGGUUUUUCAUCAUGACAAAAUCUUCAGUGCAAGUCUUAACUUUAUCAAAUUGCUACGAUGGAGAAGUAGAAAGAGCUUUGACCUGGGAAAACCCUCACAAUGA